AUGUCUUCCGCCAAACCCAAGUUGAACCCCGCCACCUUUCCUCGACCCCCAACAUGCGAGCGAACACCUCGCCAUCUGCAAGUCAAAUGGGGUGAACAAGUCAUCGCGGACACGAAAGAGGCGUAUUGGGUCCUAGAAACAUACCAUCCGCCCACGUACUACCUCCCUCCAUCGUCUAUGAAGAUUCCUUUGGAGAAGAACAGCCGCAACUCGUUCUGCGAGUGGAAGGGCAUCGCGUCGUAUUAUGACUUGAGGAAUCCGAGUAGUGGUGAGGUGGUCAAGAGCCGGGUGUGGUCGUAUGAUGAUCCGAGUGGGAGGUUUAAGGAUAUCAAGGAUUAUCUGAGCUUUUAUGCCGGGCCUUGGGAUUGUUAUGUUGAUGGGGAGAGGGUGAUUCCUCAACCUGGGGAUUUCUAUGGGGGAUGGGUGACGAGUGAUAUUGAUACUACCAGUGUGAAAGGUGCUCCGGGGACUAGGCACUGGUAA